GAGCUUCUGACCCAUAAAACGGACAGUUUGUGCGACAGACGCGCAAAGUGCAGUGUUAUUUCAAAACCUCCUCAAAUUCAGAAUGCCGGCGGAUAUAAGUCAAUGGACCGGAGCGCUAGCCCUCACUGAAGUGGAUGAGAAGCCUGCACAGCCUCUCGUUGUGAAGUAUGGCUCCCUUGAAAUUGACGAGCUGGGCAAAGUGCUCACACCCACCCAGGUGCAAAACCGCCCUACAAGCAUUGAAUGGGAUGGCUGCGACUCCAGUAAGCUGUACACGUUGGCCAUGACAGAUCCAGAUGCCCCAAGCAGGAAAGACCCCAAGUUCCGGGAGUGGCAUCACUUUCUGGUGGUGAACAUGAAAGGCAACGACAUCGCCAGUGGAUGCGUUAUGUCUGACUAUGUUGGGUCAGGACCCCCAAAAGGAACUGGUCUCCAUCGCUACGUGUGGCUUGUCUACGAACAACCAGGUGAGAUCUCCUGUACAGAGCCUGUUCUCACUAACCGAUCAGGAGACAAUCGCGGCAAAUUUAAGAUCCAGAAUUUCAGGAAGAAGUACAACCUGGGAGCACCUGUGGCAGGGACCUGCUACCAGGCAGAAUGGGAUGACUACGUCCCCAAGCUCUACGAACAACUUGCUGGAAAGUAAAGGAAUCGGUAGCAAACAGUAUUAUAGACAUGAUCAGAAAUCCUACAUUAUCCUGUGACUGACAGAAGGCCUUGAGUUGUAUGUGCAGCUUUACAAUGAUACUCCUUCUUUGAAUCCUUAUUAACCCCUACAAAGCUGGAUUCAUUACCGCUAAGUUCUCCAUUGUAACUGACAAUAAUAAAUUAGUUAUUGACCCAA